AUGUCUCGACAGGGCAGGACAAAUCGAAAUAGAGACAAGGCUUUUUAUAACUUGUCAAAUAACUUUGAAAAGCACGUAUUACACAUGUCGCCCGAAUUUAAGCCUGUCCCCAGCGGAGCUUCUUCCGGUCAUUCGGACGAAGGAACAAGUACACAGUCACUGGCCCGCCGCAGCACGUUUCGAUCGCCGUACAGUGGAACUCGCGAUACGGAGACCCCUAGCGGCAAGUAA